AUGAAGUCCGCAUGCCCCUCGCCGCCGGAGGUUUCCACAUACGAUGAGUUGCAAGAGUUCAAAAUUGCUCUGGAGGACACCAUCUCGAUUGCCUUGAACUUCGAAACCACUGACCACAACGCAAGCGAACAGAUCUCGGACCAGGUCUCCGGAGUAGGAUGUGCCGCCUACGAUCCCCGUUCCUCGUCGCUUGAUGAAGCAGAAUGUAUCAAGGGCAUCAAAGUCAGCCAUACGAUCAGUCGUGAUUGGGCGUGGCUCACCCGAGUAACCUGCCCAGCAAACAAGGUUGGACGGUGGCACCACCCGGAACACCCCAAGUCCAAACCAAAUUCUGCCUCUCCCUACGCCGCAAAAUUCUGUUUCAGCAAGGUCAUAUCGACCCAGGAGGCUCUCAGAGACUUUGCUGCAUUUCUGGACCGCCUUGCCGUUCAGAAUCUUACCGUGGAAGAGCAGGCUGCGGGGGUUCGUCGCAAGAUUGUUGUGCUGUCGUGGGACUCCAACCUUGAGCCCAAGAUCCUUGACGCUUUCGGGUUCGAUCUUGGAAAAAGGAACAUCGAGCAUUGGGAUCUCCAGCUGUGGAGUCCCGUUCUGUACCGUUUCGGUGACCAGGAUAAAACCGGCGGAAAGACCUUCUUCGCCAGCACCGGUGUUUUGGGUCCCGAAGGCAACGCCGUUGCUAUGCACAACGGCUCCAAUGAUGCUUGGGCCGAGCUGGCUAGCUUUAUUCGCUUCCUCCACAUGACGGAGGAGUCCUUUAACCGUUGGAUUCUCGGCAUGGAAAACCUCGAGCCCCUGGACCUGAGCUGGGUCAACCCCCGUUUUUUAUUAUCAAAUGCCAACUUGGGGGGCGAGUACAAGGAUGAGAAUCCUUACCUCCGCUGCCGCAAUAGGAAGAACAAGAACCGGGGUGUCCAUCACACCAAGAAUGCGUCAUUUGAGGCUUCAAAUCCCGUACCUCAUCAUCAGAACGCCGGCCCUCCCCCGGCUUUGCACGACGCUGCCGCCUUCCCCUUUCUCUCCGCCACACGUCAACCCGCAAAGGCAUAUGUCAAGUCAGCUAACGGAGGCUGGGCGAAGAAGCCAUUUGGCGUCACGGAAAGUACCGACAGGCCGCUCACCAAACCGCCUGAUGUCUCACCCUCUACUUCGUCCUCAACCUCGCCGUUAUCAUCAACUUCACCUUCUACUAACCCCUCUACUACACCCUCUACUACACCCUCUACUACACCCUCUACUGUCCCCUCACCUACCUCUAGCCCAUCCCCCACACCCCCCACCCUUGCCAUGGACGCGCUCGCCAUUAUCAGUGCUACUACCGGCAAUGACUCCAGCAAGGCUGGAUCGUCAAACAAGACGACGAAGAAGCACGGAAAGGGAAAACGGAGGCGGUAUAUUCCCAUGGUCUAAAGUUGGAUCACCAAGUAUCAGUGGUUAGGGCAGUUUUGCAGCUAAUUUCAGUAUGCUUUCAGUUGGGAGUUCGGAGCUUGGAUGGUUAUCAUGAUUCUGCUUGCAGAAGGUUACCUCUAGUUAGCCCUCAUUAGAUUGACAUUGGCACAAGAAGAACCCAGUUAACGUAGCUAGCAUCACUACUCAACAUUUCAUUUCCCUUUCC